CCUCAACUCUGUUGUCACAACUCCUACGUUACAGAAUAAUCAGCCUCACCCGGAUCCAGCGGCUUUAUUCGGCAUACCAGCCGAACCAUGGACCCAGUAGACCAGCUAUUACAUCUUCGCAAAGGAGGCCUAUCUAUUGAGGAGCCAUCCUUUGAUGGUGGUGAAUGGUCAGGAUUUGCCUCAGGACAGCCAGCCUCCAGCUGCACCAAGCUUGGAGGAUCCCAGAUCUUCGUCUCUGGCCUUCAAGACCUGGGCUCCACUUCGGUCCGUCGACCCUUUGGUGUCACCUUGGCUCAAAGCUCUCUCAUCUCCAUUAUGGCCCAUCAGUCAACUGGCCCCACCAGGCUUCCUCGUUCCUCCGGCUCCACCUUGGUCAUUCGUCAACCUGCCCUCACCUCAGGACUAUAAUCCUCUGGCUUUGCCUCGUCUCUCAAUCCCUCUGGCUCCAUUGGGCUCCUCUCUCCCUCCAGCUCCGACUUGGUCCUUGGUCGCUCUGGCUCCACCGUGGCCUUCUGGAACCCCACCUUCUCCUCGGUCACCAGAGUCGUCGGCUCCUCCAUGGCCCUCUGAUCCCUCAGUGUUACUCUGGCUCUUCGGCUCUCCAUCUUCACCUUGGGCCCCCCGUCCACCUGCUCUGUUUCUUUCAGUCAGACCCCUGAAACCUUCUGUUUCACUCCCCUCAUGGGUCCUUCCUCCAACUCCAUCAUGGACUGUUAGUUCUUCUCGUAAUUGGAGCAUCUGGAAUCUGCUCUUUGGCAGGGGGCUCGGUCACGAUAAGGGGUUUGGUCUUUGUUCUCUCGGACUCCAUUUCCCAUAAACCCCUGCCUAGGAACUCCAUUAUUGAACCACACCUGUUUUCUAUCAUUGACACUAUAAAGGUUGCACUCAUCCAUAGUCACAUGGCUGAUUAUUGUUUAAUCUGUACCCUGUUCCUAGUCUCCUUGUUGCCUUGCCAUGCCUUCUUGUUUUUUUUUUUUUUACUUGGACUGUUUAUGGGAAUACUCUUUUGUCUUGCCCAGGAUAGUACCUGUUUGCUGGUGUUUGACCCUGCCUGUUUUGACCACUCUUUUGAAUAAAAGCUGCAUUUGGAUCCUCAACAAUGUCACACCUCCUAUGUUACAAGUAUCUUAUUAAUUGUAGAAAAUCAAAUUUAUAUUACCAUUACAUUAUUUAAACUCCUAUGGUAAGUAUCAUGCUACCUAUUGAGAAUUUCCUAAUGAAUAUGCAUUCAGCGUUAGCAUCGCUGUUCUUGGUGUCAUGUUAUUUUAAGGUGUUAAAUGCUGCAUUG